AGGAGUUGAAAUCUCCCCGCCAGGAGCUACAAGCACAUUUUUGUUAUAAUUUUGCAUUAUUUAUUGUGGUCAUCCUGGAAUUUGAUCUGAGUGAGAAUCCCAGCGACCUGAGGAGGGUAUUGGAGCAGGAGUCGGCGUAGUGGCCGCUCAGCACCCAGCCCGGCGGCGCGUCUCCCCGGCUACCGUUGCUAUGAUACGGCCGGGCCUGCGGACGUCGGCCUAACAUCGGUCCCGAAGGCCGAGCGGGGGACGCCUGGGCGAGGGAGUUAGCGACCGGGGUCCUCGCCGGGGGGGGUGGGGGGCGGAAGGGGGUGCCGGGUUGAGCUGAGGAUGGAGGGGGACGCGGACGAGCAGGUGACCCGGGGCCUGAGGCAGCAGUUCCAGGCCCUGCAGGAGCAGCAGCAGAAGAGGCUGGAGAAGAUGCUGGCCGGCAGGAAGCAGCAGGUCGCCGGCCAGGCCGCGCCGGACCAGCAGGACGACCUGAACCUGCAGCUGGUGGCUGCCCAGCCGGCCAGCACUGACAUCACCACCUGCUUGUUGGAAAAUGAGAAUGAACAGCUGCAGGAACAGAUCCUGGAACUGAGGAACGAGAAUGGCCGGCUCUACAAACUCCUCAGUGAGAGGGAUUUCGAGAUCAAAUACCUGAAGAAAAAAAGGGAGGAAGAUCGACUUGCCCUGGCAGGGACCACUGGCAUGUCAAGUGAUGUAGCUGCAACAAAAAUUGUCGAACAGUCAAAGAGGAACCGUGAGCUGACCGCAGAGAAUGAGAGCCAUAAAUCAAAGAUCAAGCAACUGAGCAACAAACUACAAGAGCUGGAAAAAGAGCUUCAAGCUGCUCUAACAGGCAACCAAACACUCAGCGUCAAUGAAGGGACUGGACAAAACAACAAGUCAUCUCCCAGCAUACAGAAUGAAUCACUGUCUGACAGUCUUGAUGCGAAAGCUCUUCAGGAAAAACUUUCAGCUGCCAACCUGAAACUGGUUGAAUCUCGGAACCAAGUACUGAGCAUUAAACAAGAGCUGAAAAUGGCACACAAGGUUUUGGCUAAUGAAGUGGGUGAUGAAGUGAACAUACAACAUUUGCUGAAUAACAAGGGCUCUUGGCGUGGCCGAGCCCAGCAGAUCCUCACCUUGCAAAAAAAGAUUAGAGAUUUGGAAAGUCAAAUAGGGUUAAAUACCCAUAAGGAGCAAUCAUCUGAACACAGUAUUGAAGAGGAAAUGCUUGGCACUUCGGGGUUCCGCCGUCUUUCAAACCAGGAAAAAAACGUUGCGUACAUUCGGGCAAUGGAGAAAGAAAGAAAGGAGGCUUUGGAAAAAAUGACUGGUGACUUUGAGAAGCUGAAAAAAGAUCAUGAGGAUCUCAAGAGCAAAUUUGAUGGAUCAAAAGCAAGAAACAAGGUUCUGUCCACUGAACUGAAAACUCUAAAGAGUCAAGUGGUAACACUUCUCGAGAAGGGGAAGCACGAUGAUGAACUUGUUGAUGCGUUGCUGAAACAGCAGAAGCAAAUGCAGGAAAUCCUAGUUCGUGUGAAUGAACAGGAAUCAAAAAACAAGCAAAAUGUGAGCCUGCAGCUGAACAGCGAAGCCCAGAAGCAGGACUUCCUGAUUGGAGAGCUGAGACAGAUGGUAACUGAGCGUGAAGCUAAGGUGAAGGAUCUUGAGGAAGAGAUCAGACAGCUACUACUCAAGCAACAGCAGGAGACGAAAGUGUUAGCUGAUCAGACAGUGGUAAAUCCCACUCAACGCCAUCCUUCCUCAGCUCCGCUGGACACAAACAGUGGGCAGGCAAUUCAGGAUCCUCUGACAGCUGACGGUGAACACUCAGGAAGACCAAUUUCUGCUUGCUUGGUAUCCAAAAUGGGUCACACCCUGAUUGAAUCAGCUGCCACACGGCCUUGCUCGGGAAGUGCUGUAGGAAGAACUACCAGCAUGGAUGGGAUUGACGUGAAAGCUCUACAGUUACAGUGCACAGAGUACAAGGCUUUUUACCAGGCCGCAGAAGUAGAAAGGGACAAACUAACAGAGUUAGUUACCAUCCUGCAGAAGAGGUUAAAAGAUAGCAAUAACAAGAUGUUGGAGGCUGAGCAGAAGCUUCAAGAACAGCGACGGUGGUCUGUAACCUUAGAGCAACAACUUGGAAAAGCCAAACUGGACGUGGGAAGGAGUCAUGAUGUCAACAAGCUCACCAAUAAGAACAAAACAAGUCUGUCCGGCACUACCAGCCGUCUAUGUGGCAGUGGUGACCUGUCUCCAGGGAAACCUUCAGCCUUAAGUCUGGAGACACAAAUAGAAGAACUGAAUACACGACUCACCAUACAGCUAGAUGAAAACGAGGCCUUAAAGACAGGCUUGCAGAGCACUUUAAAAGCCAAGGAAGAAGAUCUGAAAUUGUAUCAUGACAUGUUAAGCCAGGUGAAGCAGGUCUUCCUACAAGCUCUUCGACAGCACAAAGAAAAGAAUUAAAUCCACUACUUCAGCUGAAGCAAUAUUCCUUGAUGUUGGUUUGGAGAUAUCUAAAAUAUCUUGCAUCUGGAGAACGAGUAGUCAAAAGAAGAAAGAACAAAGCCAAUUCAGUAACGUCACUGAAAAGCAACAAGUGUAGAUGCUGGAAAUCUGAAAUCGACCUGACUACUGAGUAUCCCUGACAUUUUCUGUUUUUAUUUUAGUAACAUUUAGCUUGAACUUUUGCAGGCUAGACUGGGCUAAUUGGGUGAUUAUAUACAGCUAUUUGGCUUGCUCCUGUCUUUUAUAUCUCAAAUUACUGAGCAGUCAAAAUCAUGCAAGAUGACAAAUGAGGCAUGCCAGUCAAACCAUCUGUGGUUUCCUCCCAUCACAGUUUCCGACUCUCUCCAGAAUGCCUUACAAUGUUUUUAUUUUGCUGUCCAGCCAAAAAGCUUUUACCAAGUGUUAAUUGAUCAUACCAGAGGUAUAAGGAAUGCAGUAAACAAUGGAAAGCACAGACCAGCAUGGGGAGCGGCUGGUACAAUGGCUCAUAAGAACUGUAGCUUUUGAAUUGACACCACAAUUAUUGUUAAUGUUAACUCAAAGCCCCAUUUGUCACCUUGUGUGCAACCACAUGUACAAAUUGUACAUUACUGGUCUACUCUGAAGAAAGUAGACUUUAAAUAGAGAAGUUAAUAUAUAUUUUCUCAUAUUUCCUAAAGCAUAGGAGGCCAUUCGGCCCAUCAACUCUAUGCCAGUUCUCAGAGCAAUCUCUGAUUAAAAAGCCAAAAUGAGAUAGUCAGAGUUAUUGGUAACACCAUUCUUCACAUUUGGAACUUGUUAACAGUCUUUGAUGAGCAUUAAUACCAGUCUCUGUAUGUAGUUCCUACUACAUAGCAGUUGAUAGGGCAAAACUGCUCUGAGUAGGUUGCCGCUAAUUCAAUAGCCUCAUUCCUCACUGCCCGAAGUUGGACUGCGUAAAACAUGGACAUUCCUCCUUGCAUCCAGAUUGAGAUACAUUGCCCAGGAAGCUUUGAUUGGUAUGUGGUCCAUUUUGUACUGAUCCAAAGAUAUAUACGUGGCAGGAGAGAGUCACGUUCCCAGCAUUGCUUCCCUUCAUCUCAGUGAAGCCUUGUACACUCAGAAGGAUUGUAGGUAACUUCUUUCAGGUAAAUGUGCAAAUAUACUAAAGCUCAUUUAGAAAUAAAUGUACCUUCAUACUAUGGAACAGGAAGUUAUCAUGCAACUUGCU